AUGACGAGUCUAAAGAGAUCCAUCGAAUCGGAUCCCCUCGCCAGCAAUAUCUCGAGCAAGACCUUUGUGCGCUCGACCAAGAGAGGCAAGGUUCAAAAGAUUGUGCGCGAGGUCUACCUCCGCCAAGAUAUCCCCUGUUCCUCUAAGCUAUCCUUGCCCUUUGUCCUCUCGGAGAAACCAGCCGGGACCAAGGCCUUCCCGCAAGGCCACUAUGUUGUCCCUGAUACUAACGCGCUGCUCAACGCCAUGGAUGUCUUUGAGCAGAGCUCAGUUUUCUAUGAUGUCAUCAUCCUACAAACCGUCUUGGAGGAGUUACGCAACAGAUCGCUGCCUCUUUAUAAUCGUCUGAUUAGCUUGACGAAAAACAACGAAACCAUCAACGACAGAAACGAUCGUGCCAUCCGCCGCGCUGUUCAAUGGUACGCUGAACAUCUUGCUAAGACCAAGGCGCCAAAGAUUCCAGCCGUUGUGAUGCUCACCGAUGACCGCAACAACAUCAAGAAGGCGAAAGACGCCGGCAUCCCCGCGCAGACUCUUGCUGAUUAUCUAGGUGGUGUCGAGGAUGGCGACAGGCUGCUAGACAUGGUCGCCGAGUCUCAAACUCGUGACUUGAUCCACAAGCCUUCAGAGUUCCUCUACGCGGAGCACUACACCCUAUCGAGGAUGAUGACUGGCGUCAAGGCUGGUCUCCUCCAUCAGGGCAUCUUCAACGUAUCCCCAUAUAACUACCUGGAGGGCUCGAUCAAGGUUCCGGCUUUCACGAAACCGCUCAUCAUCCUAGGCCGUGAAAAUAUCAGCCGCUCAGUUGAUGGAGAUGUCGUUGUCGUCGAAGUCCUUCCAAAGGAACUGUGGAAGGAGCCAUCGACAGUCAUCAUUGAGGAGGAGGCCGUUACGAAGAACGAGAAUGCGGACGGUGAAGCGGACGAGGAUUUGGUGUCGGACAAGGAGCGAAAACUCCUCCAGGAGGAAGUCAAAAGAACGCACAGCAAGACUACAGAAGGCCGGGCGCAACCUACGGCCAAGGUUGUUGGCAUCAUCAAACGCAAUUGGCGGCAAUAUGUCGGCCACAUUGACCCUUCUUCCGCCAGUCGUGGUGCUGGUCAAGGCCGUAAAAUGGAUAGCGUCUUCCUAAUACCAAUGGAUAAGCGCGUGCCCAAAAUACGCCUUCGAACCCGGCAGGUUACCGAACUGCUCGGAAAGCGUCUCUUGGUAGCCAUUGACGCUUGGGGCAGGGAUACGAGGCAUCCCACCGGCCAUCUCGUCCGCUCUCUGGGCGAACUUGAGACCAAGGCUGCGGAAACCGAGGCCCUGCUUUUGGAGUACGACGUUCAGUAUAGGCCUUUUCCCAAAACAGUCCUCGACUGUCUUCCCAAGGAGGGCCAUGAUUGGAAGGUACCGUCGAGUACGGAUGAUCCCGGGUGGAGGGACCGGGCGGACUUGAGACACCUCCUCAUCUGCAGCAUCGACCCUGUCGGAUGCCAGGACAUUGACGAUGCCCUCCACGCCCGACUUUUAGACAAUGGAAACUACGAAGUCGGCGUGCACAUUGCUGACGUGUCCCACUUUGUCAAGCCAUCCAAUGCAAUGGAUACAGAGGCCAGCAUUCGCGGCACCACCGUUUACCUCGUGGAUAAGCGCAUAGACAUGCUUCCGAUGCUUCUAGGAACCGAUCUGUGUUCGCUGAAGCCGUAUGUAGAGCGCUUUGCCUUCUCAGUACUAUGGGAGGUAAACGAAGACGCCGACAUCAUCAACGUCAAGUACACCAAGUCUGUGAUCAAGUCUCGUGAAGCUUUUAGCUACGAGCAGGCGCAACUGCGGAUCGACGACCCAUCCCAACAAGAUGAUCUCACAAAUGGAAUGCGCGUCAAGGUGCAGAUGGAGUCAGAGACAUCGGACCCCAUCGAUGUGAAGACCAAGGAACUUCUUGACACCAACUCCCUUGUGGAAGAGUUUAUGCUUUUCGCCAACGUCAGCGUUGCGCGUAAGAUCCACGAGGCCUUCCCCCAGACCGCCAUCCUCCAACCCUUUUUCAACACUUUGAUCCGCAUCAUGGCUACACGGUGCAUGAUGAGCGCAGAGUACUUUUGCUCCGGGACCCAAGCGUACCCGGAGUUCCGUCACUAUGGUCUUGCCAGCGAGAUAUACACACAUUUCACCUCGCCCAUCCGUCGCUAUGCCGACUUGAUGGCUCACCGACAGCUUGCCGCCGCCAUCGACUACGAGGCGGUCCAUCCGUCUGUCCGCUCGCGAGGCCGUCUCGAAGCCGUAUGCAAGAACAUCAAUGUUCGCCACCGCAACGCGCAGCUUGCUGGCCGCGCUAGCAUCGCUUACUAUGUCGGCCAGGCCCUCAAGGGCAAGGUAGCCGAAGAGGACGCCUACGUAAUGAAGGUAUUCAGCAACGGGUUCGUCGUGCUCGUGCCGCGGUUCGGUAUAGAGGGUCUCAUCCGUCUCCGAGAACUCGCCACUCCCGAGCCGGAGAGCGAAUUCGACGCAGAAAACUACGUGCUCAAGACGAGCGGAAGUCGGGAGAUCCGCAUCGAGCUAUUCCAGAGGGUCAAGGUUAGGGUGACGGACGAGAAGGACGAGAUGACUGGCAAGAGAGGCGUGAAGAUGGAACUUGUUAAGUAG